AUGCCGGUACUACCAACGCCACAUAUGGGGUCUGUCAACACACCGGCUACUCCUACGACACGUGCGACCUCACAAGCAUAUCUCAUAAUCCCCUCAUAUGCCGGUACUACCAACGCCACAUAUGGGGUCUGUCUACACUCCGGCUACUCCUACGACACAUGCGACCUCAACACAGUAUCACCAUAUCCCCUAUAUGUCGGUACUACCAACGCCACAUAUGAGGUCUGUCAACACACCGGCUACUCCUACGACACGUGCAACCUCAACACAGUAUCACAUGACGGUACUUACACAGUGUAA